CUUUUUUUCUCUUCCACCCAAAAGCCCAAAGCCCACGGCGCAGCUGGCUUUUGCUUUCUUUUCUCUUUUUCACUAGAUGUUCUCCUUUUCACAUUGGGGCAGAACACAACAGAUGUUCCAUUUCAUUCAUUAUAACUACUGAUAUGCCUGUGUCUUACUUCUCACACCACUCAUCAUAUAUGGCUUCAUCACCACCAUCUCUAUCCUCCCACCUCUUUCUUACCCUAGCUUUGAUUCUCAUAUCUAUUUCACCCGCAUUUUCCACGUCACGUCAAGCUCUCGAUGAUCAUCAGGAUCAACUGAUGAAAACUGGUUUCAAAAUUACUCUAAACCACAUUGAUUCGGGUGGAAACUUCACUAACUCUGAACGUUUAUAUCGGGCAGUGAAGCGUUCCAGCCGCAGACUCCAAAUGUUCAAUGAAAUGGUUUUGAAAGCUAAACAUCCAAAACUCAAGACCACGGUUUAUGCAGGAAAUGGCGAAUACCUUAUGAACUUUUCGAUAGGGACCCCGCCAAAGUCCUACUCUGGUAUAAUGGAUACCGGUAGCGACCUCAUAUGGACUCAAUGCCAGCCUUGUCUCAAGUGUGCUCCUCAGCCCAAUCCGUUGUUUGAUCCAAAGAAAUCCUCCUCUUUUUCAAAUGUGUCAUGCACCAGCCAAUUUUGCCGAGACCUGCCAGAUUCAGAUUGCAACCCCUUCUACGGGUGCGUGUAUAACUACACAUACGGAACUGGGUUAACUUUAGGUUUUUUAGGCACCGAGACCUUUACUUUCGAGAAGGUCAAGGUGCCGAAAGUAACGUUUGGUUGUGGUCUAUUUAAUUUGGGAUUCGGGACCGAGGGCCUGAUAGGCUUCGGACGCGGACCCUUGUCGCUCGUCUCCCAGUUGGGUGAGCCCACGUUCUCAUAUUGCUUGACUUCCUGGAAUGGAAGUAAACCCAGUACUCUUUUGAUAGGCUCCCAUGCAAGUGUGAAUUCCUCAGGUGGUGGUGGGGAGAUCAAAACCACCCCUUUGAUUCAAAACCCAGAUUUUUAUUAUCUUUCUCUCGAAGGAAUCACGAUUGGUAGCACUAGGUUGCCCGUAAACAAAACAACUUUUGCUCUCAAUGCUGAUGGGUCUGGGGGCCUGAUGAUAGACUCGGGCACGUCAGUUACACACUUGGCGGAAAGUGCUUAUACUCAUGUUAAGGAAGAGUUCAAACGUCAGGUAAAGCUUCCGGUAGUCGACGUUUUAGACUCCAACGGGCUUGAUCUUUGCUUCGAGUUGCCAUCCGAUCCUUCUGAUCGUGUGGAGAUACCCUCGCUGGUAUUCCAUUUUACGCAUGCAGAUUUAGAUUUACCGACGGAAAACUAUAUGCUCCCGAACUCCAGUUUGGGGGUGACGUGUUUGGCCAUGCUUGGUUCAGGUGAUACUAGCUCCAUAUAUGGGAAUAUACAGCAGCAAAACUUCCUGGUGGUGCAUGACUUAUACAAAGAAACCCUGUCAUUUAUGCCAACGGAGUGUGACAAGUUUUGAGCUCUUCUAUUAGUUGAGCUCAAAACUUGUUUGGCCGGCCAUGGUUGUUUGUUGCGUUGCCAAGUUUAUCAUGUGUUUUUCCAUGGUCAUGCAUGUGUUUGGCCAUGGUUGUUUGUAUUGUAGCGUUUGUUAGUUCUCUCUUUGUAUUGUGGUGUGGUCAGCUGCCAGUGUGAGCGAUGGCGGGUUUCUCUCUUUGGAGUUGGAACCCAUCUUAAAUAAACUCACUGUUUUCAUCA